AUGUCGUCGGUACAAGCAUCGAUCCGAUACAUCUUUUCCGUCCAAGGGAUUGCCUUGUCAGUCGUAGCUUUUGUGGGCUACUGGAUAUGCUGGAUCGUCUAUGCCCGACAUUUCCAUCCGCUGCGCAAUGUCCCAGGGCCAUGGCUUGCAUCAGUCAGUAGACUUUGGUACAUGCGGCAGGUAGCUCGGGGGGAUAUGGAGUACACCCAGAGACGCCUGCAUGCACAACACGGCCCUCUUCUCCGAAUAGCUCCCGACGAGGUUGCCUGCGCCUCGCCUGACGAGAUCAAGAAAAUCUACCGAAACUCAAGCGCGCUCAACAAGACCGACUUCUAUACAGUCUGGAACAGUCAAAACUUCAGUAAACAUCGGGACAUGUUUACCGGGCUCAACGACAAAGAACAUGGCGAGAGAAGGCGUAUCUUCAACCAUGUGUACUCGCUUUCGAACGUGCUCAAGUCCGAAGAAUACAUCGACAAGUGCUCAGAGAUGUUCAUCGAACGUAUAGCGAAGGAGGAAGGCAGCACCAAGCCAUUUGACUUGGGCAAAUGGCUGCAGAUGUAUGCCUUUGACGUAAUUGGAGAAUUGUACUUCGGCAACGCAUUUGGCUUUCUUGCGACUGGAAGAGAUCAUGGCGACUGGAUUGGAUCUCUAGAUUUGCUGCUGCCAUUCCUGUGCGUCACAGCCGUUGCUCCUUCGUACAUUCGACCUCUUAUCCUCGCAUCCGCACUUGUUGUCCCAGGCUCGUUGAAAGCACUCAAGGCCAUCGAGAACAUUGGUGUCUCUGCCAGAAGAUGUGUCGCGGAGCGAUUUGAUAAGAGCUCCCAGAACGAAGAAAACCGCCGGACCGACAUUCUUGAGCAACUGUACGAAAUUCACCAAGACAAAGGGGAAAAGGUGGACUUCCAACUGGGAGAUAUCCAACAGGAGGCUUAUGUUGCAUUGUUCGCUGGCUCGGAUACGACAGCGAUCGGCUUCCGAUCUGUUCUGUACCAUCUCAUGAAGACACCGGAAGCUUACAAGCAGCUCCUGCAAGAGAUUGACGAGGCGGCUGAGAGAGGUGAAUUGAGUUCGCCCGUCAAGUACGCGGAAGCCAUCAAACUUCCCUAUCUCUGCGCUUGCAUCAAGGAGGCGCUCCGCAUGCAUCCUGGAGUCGCCUUGACCAUGGGUCGCGUCGUCCCACCCGAGGGCCUGGAGCUCUGUGGGACAUACAUACCUGCAGGAUACCGCGUUGGCAUGAAUGGAGCCGUUGUUCACUUUGACAAGAGCGUGUUUGGGGACGACGCCGAUCAGUUUCGUCCUGGCAGAUGGCUGGAAGGUGACACUUCGGUGAUGGACAAGUGCAUGCUGCACUUUGGUGCUGGCACUCGCACUUGCAUCGGCAAGAACAUCUCCAUCGCCGAGAUCCACAAGCUCACUCCAUACUUGCUAAGGAACUUCCAUGUGGACUUGUGGGAGCCUGAAAAGGAAUGGACGACCAGAAACUCGUGGUUCAACAAGCAAGAGGGUCUCGAGGUGCGUGUGACAGCCCGGGGAAGUAAGUAG